AUGAACAAAUUAUUUGAAAAUAUUGGAGUUACCCAUCUUUAUUCCACAGUAUAUCAUCCACAAACUAAUGGACAAAUUGAACGAUUUAAUGCUACAAUGGAUGGAAAAAUUGCCGCAUUAGGUAAUGAACGACGAACAGAUUGGGAUGAAGUAUUACAAUUUGUUACAUUUAAUUAUAAUACAUCAAUACAUGCAACAACAAAACAAACACCAUUCGAGAUGAUGCAUGGAAGACAAGUUACACUUCCAUUUGAUCAACAAAAAGAAAUUAUUUCGCUCACACAAGAUCCAGAGCAUAGUGAAAAAAUUAGAAUAUAUCUCGAAAAAUUAGUAAAUGAAGCUCGAAACAAUAUUAUAAAAAAUCAACAACAAUAUAAAGCUCGAUAUAAUUUACAUAGACAAGAUUUAAUAUUAAAAAUUAAUGAUUUAGUUUUAAUCAAAACAAAAAAUGUUAGAAAUAAAUUUGAUAUACGAUAUGAAGGUCCAUUUAAAAUUAUUAAACAAUUAGGAUCUACAACAAUGCCGCACGCUAUCCGUGAUCCAGAUAAUCCACCAGCUUAUUUUUAUACGUUAACAGACAAACAACAAAAGACUUGGAUGAAAACGGCAAAGAAGAUGCAGAAGAAUGAACAACUUAAACAUGAAUAUCCACCAUUCGAAUCAUCAUCGAACAUCAACAUCAUCCAUGUUCAUCACAAGUCACCAAUUGAUACAAUUAAUAAUUUAAUUGUCUUAGCAAAUCAAACGUAUCAUUAUGUUGUUGAUACAGAAUCUGAACGUAACAAGUUACGAAAUGAUGCUCUAAUACAAAUCCAAUUUAUACACACAAUUAAUGAAUCAACAAUAAUAUUAAUUGAAGCAAUGCAUUUACCUGAUUUACAUACGGAAUUGUACAAAAAAAUUAAAGAUCUAUGGUGCACCAUCUUCAAUAACAACAACAUCAUCAUCACAUGGGGCGAUUUGGACAAUGAAUUUAUAAAUUUUUAUCACCUCGAUAUCAUCUUUUUAGGUAAUUCAUUUCGUCAUUUAAAUUUACAAUAUAUGUUUAGAGGAUGGCAUAAUGAUCGAUGUCGAACGCAUCCCGAAAAGGGAAAGCGUGAUAAAAAACCAGGUCCAAUAUCGACUAUGUUGAUCGAUAUGCCUGGUGAUGAUGACUUUAAUGAUAUCGAUGAUGGACAAUCAAAAAAUUAUGUACAAUAUAAGUGUGAUCAUCCAAGCCAUUAUGAUCAUAAUAGUAAAUGGUCCUUGCAAGAUUCGAUUGCAAUUACUUUUAAAAAAUUUUUGGAUAAAUCACAAACAAUUAAUUAUUGGCAAUGUGGUAUUGAUCUAACACUGGGCACAUGGAAGAACAAGUUAUUCAGUCGAAGACAGUACAACAAGCACACUGAACAACAAGAACGAUUAAACAUGAAGCAAUAUGCUGUUGAUGACUGUCUCGCUGUGGCUGAAUUAUACUUCCAUAUGCAUCCAGAAACAAUAAACAACGAUCAACAACUUCACGAAGUACCACAAACAACAACAAUACACACAACAACAGCAGAAACAACAACUAUUUCAAUUGAUUUUGAAGAUGGAUUAUCAAUCAUUAGUGAGGAUGAAUUAUUGGAAAUAAUUAGACCAAAAUUCGAUAACAAACAAGAAAUUGUCCAUCAUACAUAUCACCAAGAAGAUGAAUUAAUUAUAGCACCAAUGCAACAUGAAAUUAAAGAAUUAAUUCAACUCCAACAACCACCAUUAAAUACACUAACAACAUCAACAUUAACAAAAACUGAACGACAACGACGUAAAAAUCAAAAGCUUAAAUGGAAGCAAAAAAAUAGACCGGAUUUUCAAAGAAAGAUCAAAAGACCGAUUUAUUAUCGUUACGACUAUAGAAAAAUCCGGUCUCAAUUAGCUGAUGAUGAUAUACACACAAGUCACCAGAUAACAAUAAGCAAGAACAAACGGGAAGUUUUGAUCGGGUUCAAAUCCAAAGAAGAAGAAGAAAAAGCAAGAAAGAAAAUGAAAAUUAAUUACUUUUCACGUGAACAAUAUAAACAACGUUGGGGGUAA